UCGUCCCUGGCGUUGCGCAUCGGAGAGGUGCUCCGGGAGCACGACAUCGUCCGUCACGCUGAUAGGGUAGUCUUGUGCGUGAGCGGAGGCGUGGACUCGGUCGCGCUGCUGCACCUAAUGGUCGAGCUUCGACAGGAAUGGGCGCUCGACCUGCACAUCCUGCACUUCAACCACGGCAAGCGCGCCGAAUCCCGGGAGGAGGAGGCGUUCGUGAAGGAUCUCGGCGCGAAACUCGGGGUCGAGGUGCACGUCAGGCGCCCGACGAAGGCGUUCGACACCUCCGGGUUCCAGGCGAAGGCGCGGGCCUGGCGGAGGGACGAGGCGGAGAAACUCCUCGACGCCGUCGCGGGCCAGGUCAUCUUGCAGGGGCACCACGCCGACGACCAGACCGAGACGGUCCUCAUGAAGAUGAUGCGGGGGUGUCACGUGUCAAACAUCGCGGGCAUGUCGCAUCGAGCGGGCAAUUACGGUCGCCCCCUGCUGGACGUUUCGAAGGACGAACUUCGUCGUUACCUGACGUCCCGAGCGUUGGAGUGGCGGGAGGAUGCGUCCAACGCGGAUGUCGCCUUUUUACGGAACAGGGUCCGCGCCGAGCUCGUCCCGGUGUUGCGC